AUGUGGACAAAAUUUAGGGCUUCAAGAUUCAUUUGGAUUUCGGUUUUUGCAGAUGUGAAACACCAAAUUAGAAACAAGCCUCAAAGAAGUUUCAAUGUAAAUGAAGAAUACCUUUGUGCAUUGAGGUCCAGAUCCUUCGUUGAAUUCUUCGCAAAAGCUCAAUUGAUUGUCCAGGAAUCGCCGCCGUCUACAUCCUCCUCCGCCGACCAUUACUGCCGCAAAUUUUCGGAAACGAUCUUGCUGCAGUCUGAUCAAUUAGAAGCCAAUCCUUCGAUUCUCGAAUCGCCAUUGCUUGUGAUGUUGCCGGAGCUUAGAGGUCUCUUAAUCGAUUUCUUCAAUGUUAGUGCGGAGGCUUCAAAUCUCUGCCAUCGUCUCCUGGCGAACCUCAAAUUAGCCCGAUCUAACUCACGCUUCGUUCAAAAAUUGCUCGAUUCGAUCGAGAAAUGCUGUUCUCCGAAAGAAAUUGAAACGAUUACCUCUGAUCUACUCGCGCAGAGAGCUCCAUUGUCCGAUCUCGACAAACGCGAUUUCGCGCGAAUCCACGACAACUACGCGGCGGUUUCGCGUAGUUUGAACAUCACGAGAAAGAAGGUAGCGAGAAAGAUCAGAUCAAUCAAAAUCAUCGAUAGAUAUACCUGUGGAUUAGUCGCCAUUACCUCCCGCGGUCUGACUGCCUUAGUACUGGCAGCCGAUCAAGGUCCAGUACUUCGGUACUUCCGACUGAAAUCCAUCCGCAGAAAGCUUCUCCAGCAUCAGAUGCUUGGAAAUGGCGGCCUUGAAAGAGUAGGCGAACAACUGGAAGCGGCAGCCAAGGGAAGUUACAUACUGAACAGAGAGUUCGAUACGACGAGCCGACUCGUGGUACGGCUUGGCGACGCCGUGGAUCACGGAAAGGCAAUGGUGCGGUUGUUUGUGGAAAGGAAGGAGGAUAAAUUUGCAGUUGCGGUAGCCAUGGAUGAGAUGAAGAGGAGCAAUGUGAGCAUCAGAAAGCAAGUUGAAGACGUUGAAGAACACUUGUAUUUGUGCAUUGUGACCAUUAACAGAUCCAGAGCUUCUGUGAUUAACCAAAUGUGA